CGUUUCUUGUCAUCCAUUGCCGCCAUGGUCAACGGUCAGAAGAUUAGGAUUGCCGCCCGACUACGACCUCGACUUAGCGGGGAGGUCGACGAUGAUGCUAUCAAAAUAUUCCACUCUUUGGACGACACCGGCGCCUCAAGCAGUUCCGCCGCUACUCAGAGUUUUAUCACCGUUCCGAAUCCAUCGAAUGGUGAUCAGAUUUUCAAGUUUCCGUUCUCGAGUUGCUACGACCAGACGUCUACUCAGGAGGAAAUUUUUCGGAAUGACGUCGAGCCAUUGGUAGAUGUAGUAUACAGCGGUGUCACCGUCACUAUAUUUGCAUAUGGAGUUACCUCCUCCGGCAAAACUCACACCAUGCAAGGAACGAAAUCGGAGCCAGGUGUCAUUCCUCGUGUUGUCCGGUCUCUCUUCGAAAGGAAAGCGGCCCUGAACCACCCUGAUACCCAGCUCUCGGUCUCCUAUUUGGAGAUCUACAAAGAUGAGGUGUACGAUCUCCUUGUCACCCGAGAGAAUGCUCCCAAGUUGCCCAUCCGCGAGAACGGCGCUGGGCAGGUCUUUGUUGCAAAUCUGUCUUCUAUCCCCCUUCAGUCUGUCCAAGACUUUGACAACAUCUACGCUCGAACAACAAAACAGCGCUCCGUAGGAGCAACGAAAUUAAACCACGCGUCGUCCCGCUCACACGCGGUCCUCACGAUCGAGGUUACCAUGACAGACCAUCAGCAGCAUCGAAUUAUCACCGGAAAAAUGAAUCUAGUAGAUUUGGCGGGCUCUGAGAACAAUAAGCAUACGGGCAACGACGCGUCUCGGAUGCAAGAAUCCGCAGCCAUCAAUAAGUCACUAAGUGUCCUCGGACAAGUAGUUCGUAAUCUUAAUACCAAGGAACCACGCAUACCGUUUAGAAAUUCCAAACUCACUCGAAUAUUGCAAGAUGCUCUUGGUGGUUCAUCUGUGGGACUUCUCAUUUGUAAUAUCGCUCCAGGCAUAAAAUUCAGGAAAGAUACCCUCAACACCCUAAACUUUGCUGUAAGUGCUAAGAACGUCGAGAACAAACCUGUUGUCAACGAACAUGAUUUGCGCCCCGCAGCGAAACCACAUUUCUCGGCACUAACAGUGCAAUAUACGGCUCCGAAACUUGCUCACAUUGCCCCUACCCCACCAACCCGAGCUUCUGGGUCGCAAGUGCCCCGUUCUCGAACUUCAUUGUUGCCUAAGCCACGUGUUUCGACAUUCGGAAGUGCUAGUUUCCAGCCCAUCACGGUGUCCUCGGGGUCACAAGACAGAAUAUCAGCCGAAGGAGAUAGUUCUGCUAGUAUGGGACUUAGUCUUACGGACAAGGAAAUUGAUGAAAGAAUAUCCAAAGCGGUGGAGGCAGAAGUUGCUCGGAUACUAGAGGAGCGAGAAAAGGGAAGACUAGAAAGGGAGACAAGGAUGUUGCCUGUAUCCGACCAACAUAAGUCCAGGUCACCUAGGAAAGAGUCGGCUCCUCUUCCGUCAGGCGUGCUGACGCCCCUCCUGAAGCGGCAUAGGGACCUUGAUGAUGAAUUGAAAGCCCGGCUCCAGGAACUCGAGAGGAAGUUUGAACGCGGCAACAAGGAAACGGCACUCGCUGAUGCACUAUCCCCUGUGUCUAAGAAGAAAACAGGCAGGGCAUAUGUUGCCCUUGCAAGGGCUCAUUCUGAUAAGGGCGAUCUUCAAGUAGCGCUAGAUCUUUACCGAAAGGCCGAGAGCUAUGUUCCGGAUAACAUCAAGCUAAAAGAGAGGUGGAUACUUUUCGUUGUCCAUGUUUUUCUUUAUGCGUUAUCUCCUGGGAAAGCCAAAGGCUGACUAUGUCUUGUCCCAUCGGUGCGUGUUGUCUCCUUUGGGACUUUUAGGAUUAUCCAUAUUGAAUGGGCUGUGAAUCAUGCUAAGCCAUAUGUACCAUCACCGAAGAAG